CGAAAACAGAGCAAUUUUUCAAUGGAGCAAAACCCUAAAACCCAGAAGAGGUCAUGGCGAUACACAUGGCAAGCUCAAUCUCAUUCUCCGAAUCUUCGUCUCUUUCUUUUCGAUUCCACAACAAACCCUAAGACCCAUUGCAAAAGCCUCAAUGUUUCAACCAUCCUCGAAAAAUCUCAACUUCUCGUCACAUGGACCAAUGACGACGAAGACGAAGCCACAAGCAAAGAAGAGAUUGUUUCUCUUCGUGUUCCUAUCCCUAGAGUUUUGCUCGAUGCUGAAUCCCCUGUAAAUUUCAAAGCUUUAGACGAUCACAUCGAGGUUAGACUUGUUCUGUUACUCCCCAUUGAUCAUCCUUUAGUCUCAGACUUGAAUUUGGGGAUCGAUUCUAGAGAAAAGUCGGAGCCUUUAGUGAUGGGUUAUGAUCUCAAGACUCUAUCUUUAAUGGGAGGAGUUCAUAUUUACUGUAGAAACUGCUCAAAUAGGUUGACAAAGAAGGAACUUUUCGAUUUCUCAGAAAUGCCGUCUAUUAAUUGGCGUGAAUCUGCUGAUAACUGGUUUGGUACUUGUUGUUGUUCGUUUGGUGGGAUUAGUGAGAAGAUGGUAGUUAAGUACACUAAUUCGUAUACUUGCUCUAGUGGGUUGUGUUUGAUUAGUGCUACUACUGUUUUGCUUAGUAAAGAUGAUCUUGUAGAGUGUAAUUUGUCUAAUGGAAUUGAAUCGAGUUUAGCUCUGAGUUUUGAUGUUGGUGGAGGUGAACCGGGUUCUAGAAGUAGUGAAGAAAUUUCUGAUGAGAGCCAUGAGAAUGGAGGUGAGAGUGUUUGUGGUAAAGUUGAUGACUUGAUGCUGGGUUGUAAAGAUAAGGCAUCAAUGCCUGGGUGCUGUGUACAUGACUCACAUGAUUCUAACGAGAGUUUUGAGAUGGAGCAGCAGCUUACACUUGAUAAGAAGUUGCUUCUUGAUGGGUUUCUCGAGGAUGUUUUUAUGGCGAAAGCAUCGAAUGUGUCAAAGAAUGUUGACUGGAUCGAAUUCGCUUGCCCUGAGUGUUCAUCUCCUCUUGGAGCCUAUCCUUGUGGCGUUGGGAGCAACGGUGAACCCAUAGAUGGUGGAGUUAGACUCUUCAAAUGCUAUAUUUCUACAUCAUCAUCGGUGGCCGGUGAAUCCUCUGAUGUUUUCAGGAAAUACACAUUGGAAAGAAUGUUUACCAAUCAGCUAGUGGAAUGCGCCAAAGAAGAGUUGUCAUUUCAUGUUUUGGUCAAAGAUCUGACAACUAAAUCGCCUCUGUUCAACAUCGUUAUUCUGAACCCAAACUCUUGGUCCUCGACUGGUCUUUGCUCUAACCUAGACGAACCCGUUUCUACAUUAGAGUUAAGCCCUGUUGUGAAGGUUCUGUUUUCUGAUUGCAAGAGGUCGGUAGUGAAGAAGAUUGAUGAAGAAGUCUACAUUUUGAAGGGACAAGGAGAGGAGUUGAUAGAGUUGAUAACAAAUGCGAGCAAAUGUCUUCCGUCUUCGUGUUCAUAUCUUCAAGGCUCACACGUCUCAUCGAUGCAUCUAUGAUAAUGAGAAUCUUGUUUUUCACUUUUUUUUAGAGUUUUGCUUUUGGUUUUCCUCCAACUCGAUACGGCUGCCCGGGCUACGCUUGUUUGUUUGAUACCAUAUAAACUGUGUUGUCCCGCUUAAACGAUUGUAAUCGUUCUAAUUCAAAGUUUGAUACUCUUGAGCC